GUGGCACGCUUCUGAUGGGGACUACAACAAAGAGAAAGACUAUCCGCCUCUUGGCGCACACAAUGACAAAGAGUACGAUGAGAAGCAUGGCCGAUGGUGGUUUCAGCGGAAGGAGGAGUGGCGCCCAAAGCUGUACACCACCAUAGGCGCCCACGCGCGCAGCCCCAAGCUUAAGCGGACGAUCCUGAGGAAAAUGUACAACACACCCAACUUCCGUGCUCUGAAGAAUGACGUUCAUCGCAAGAGAUGGCCAAAGACCAGGGGACUGAAGUUCAGCUUCUUCGCGGAGUUCUGUGAAAAGGACUUCAAGAAGCGAACUCUGCUGGAGACUGCGCACACCCUGCCUUUGUUUGGGGCAGGCUGCAAGUUCUGGCGGGCUCCGGAUGCUGAGCACGCGGACACCAAAGGCCAGUAUUUCGUGGCAGAGUCCGUGGAGUACCGCUUGAGACCUUUCCGAGGCGACAUUCAUGGCACCCAGUAUGUCUUCGGACGACCAGUUCGCAGCGGCAUCGCGCCGAUUGCCAAAUCAAUGGG